GGUACAUUUAGCUUGGUUUAUUUGAGCUUCUCCCAUUUUUACACUCUGUACACAACGUCCGCUCCUCAAAAGUCCCUUUCCUCAUCGCCUGCCCUCCCGUCGUCGUCGUCGAUCGCGUCGUCGGGGACGCCUAAUCCAUUGGAGAUCCAUAUCCAGUAUUAUGGCCUCUUCUGACUAUUUUCCAAUGCCUCAACGUGGCAAUGGCUACGCUGAAAAAGGCCGUUCGACAAAUGGUCUCCCUACUUAUUCUUCUGCAGUCCAGGAGAAGAUGCACCGACAUUCUCGUUCAAUGGCAUGGGUUAUACCCGUGUCGGUACCUAUUCCCGGCGUGCGGACUCGCAGACUGCGUCUCUACAUGUUGAAUCCCAGUCGCAUGCAUCAGUUCACCUUGCCACGCAUCGGGCGCAAAAGAGGGCCAUUGUUGCUGAUGGCCCUACUUCUUACCGCCAUUGUAUCCAUUUUUGUUUUUGCUCGACGUUUCGGCACUGAGGAGAAACAGUGGACGUCGAAUUUUGGCGAGUCAUCUACUCUCGUGUUUGGGCGAGAUGACUUGCAGCAGAUAUGGAAGUGGGAGAUUGAAAGUGGUCAUUAUCCGAGUAAUAGCAAAAUCCCAGAGCAGGUGGGGCUUAACUCAGCGCUGUUGAAUCCUGCCCUGCCUCCCCGGAAAGCACCCACGAUUCCUUCACGAUUCAGGCCUCCUCCAGGCCCUGUCAUCACCACAACUCGCGGUGAUGGACCUCGGCGAGUUUACCUGGAUGUACAAAGUCAGCCUCCAAAUGUCGCUUAUCCACCACGACCAGUACCUGGAAGCGUCGCCGACUUGGAUGUUAUUAUGGAACACUGUGAUUUCUCUGAAAACAAGUAUGUACGUGACUGUCUAGAGGUUCUCCGACUUGGCGGCGGUUUGGAUAAUGGGGAUAGACUGAGGCGGGGUAAAAUGGAUGACUGGAAAUACAUCUAUAUGGAAGAAGACAGAGAGAAUUUCACUGAGCCUGCUCAAAUAUCUCUGGGUAAUGUUAUCGCUCCGCGGCCAAUAUCGUCUAGCGAUCAGGAUCCAAACGCUGGACUAGUCAAAAAGAGAGGUGCGGAAUGGGAAACUCCAUUAUCUCUGCGUCCUACCUUGCAGCACACUCCUUAUUCAAGUCUACCUGCCCCUUGCGAUCCCGAAAACCCGCGAUUGUUCCAUAUGUUCUGGACAGGUCCUUUCACCGACAAGCCGUAUCUUGCGUUACUUUCCUUCCUGUUCACUCAGAAUGCCGGUUUGCAUGUCAAAGAUGAUGAGGGAGCCUUCCUUUGUCGUCCAGAGUUCUGGAUGUGGAUCAACCCGGGACCUGCUGCGACGGUACCGAACCCUUCUGCAUUGGGUGACAUGUUCGACCAGCUGAAGACCAACCCGUGGGCCGCUCCGUUCCUCCACCCGCGGUUCAAGGACGUGAUCAAAUUCAAGUUAUGGAACACUACUGAACAGCUUGAUGGCGUGCCUGAGCUCAAAGAUGAAUGGAGAACGUUGAAAGAAACGUUGUUCAACUCUGGUGGUCACAUCAUCAAUGUCCCUCCAGAGAAGCAGCAGUCGAAGAGCGUCGUGGAACCUACAGUUACCACUGAGGCGAGCUUAAACACUGGUAACGCCACUGGUGAAUCCAAGGCAUCUUCUACGAACACCGACAAAUCUGAUGAAGACGAUAUGCUGAAUCGCACGGGUUCCAAAUCUUCAUCAUCUUAUGAUAGGCUAUCUGUGAUUCUUUCUGAUAUGGCGCGAUUUGUUCUGUGCCAUCGUUUCGGAGGAAUCUAUCUAGACGCCGACACCAUAUUUUUACGUGAUUGGGAAGAACUUUGGGGAUGGAAGGGUGCAUUUGCCUACAGAUGGUCCCGCUUGGAGAAGUAUAACACAGCUGUCCUCCGUAUGAACAAGAACUCGGCAUUGGGGUCUUUCUUGUUCCGAACAGCAUUGAAGAAUGGCCUUGAUUUCCAUCCCAUGACAGUAUCUCGCUACACCAAGGAUGCCUACCUCGAAGGUCUCUUGCUGCGCCUUCCUGAUGCGUUGUUUGAUUCUGCAUGGCUGAAUACUGAGUAUUACCAACGCGAUAGACCACCUCAGCCUUAUUUCAUAGAGUUUGCAGAUUUCUUUGAUACUCCUGCGCAAAACAGCGCGGCACCUCAAGCUCUUGGUUUCGAAGGCUUUUUCAGAGGCGCAUACUCUUACCAUUUCCACAACUUCUGGUGGAAGCCAUUCGAUGCAUCACGUAAUUGGCCAGAUCUUGGGCCGAAGUUUAUGGCUGGCGAGAGAGCUGCCCGUGCCGCUGCCACUCCAGACAUCGACCCAGAAGAUUGGGCAGACAAAGUGUCCGAUGACAAGCGCGACCUUGACUGGGCCACAGUUCUGAAGAGAACCUUCGAAGCAUAUAUUCGUGGCGACCGACCCAAUAUGUAUGGCGAAUGGAUCCAAUGGUGACCCUGAUGUCUUAUGUUUACCUAUCUCAUGCACGAUUUUACCGGUGAUGCCCCUAUAUUGUAGACACACAGAGCUGCACUCUUUCUACUGCUCAAUAGACUGUCCCUUCUGAGUGCCAUUCGUACCUUCACGUAUCCAUAAUUUCAAACUAUACCUUUUCCAAUGUCUAUAUUUUUAACACCCCAUUCUUUCUAUCCUGGACCAUACAAGCGGAUCUGCUUUAUGCCAUGCGGAAUACGUGAUAGGUUUUCACAGAGCUGUAAUUUACAUAGCUAUUUUCCUAAUUUCGGGAUUCCCUCGAUAUGUCUAUCGCAUAUCAAUUGUCUAUAAUGACAGACGUUUCACAAAUCAUAUUGACUGCCUGCGCAAAUGCUCCUGUGCUUGAUAUUUCAUGCACGCAGCACGCAUGCUAUGUGCUGCGCUAUGCAGUCUUGCCUGCGGCUUUGGCUUGGGCGGUGUUGACAGUAGCCUUCAGUGUAGCUAUGACCUCGUCAGGGUUAGGGGCGCCAAAGAUAGCUGUGCCUGCCACAAUGACGUUGCUACCUGCUUCAGCACAGACAUCAAUCGUUUUCGGACCGACACCACCAUCAACCUCGAUGUCCUUGUCGGGGAACCGGGCGCGAAGUUCGGCCACUUUCGGAACGCAGCGCUCCAAGAAUUUUUGCCCACCGCGCCCGGGAUAGACUGUCAUGACGAGUAGCAUGUCGGCGGCGGCGGCGAUGUCGUCUGUGAUGGCGGAGGAGGGGGUGUCUGGAGAUAUAGCUACGCCGGCUUUCAUCUUCUUCUCGUGAAUGGCAUUGAUGAUGGACAGAGCAUCGGCUACGGGAGGUAUUGACAGGAUUGUAGUAAGCGGUUGAUGUCUGUGAGGACUUACAGGUGGCUUCGAUGUGGAAGCAAUACAAAGAACCGCCAGCGUUGGCUAUGUCAUCGACCCACUGUACAGGUGUACGUAAAUAUAUUGGUAUGGAUC